GUCCCUUUGAACAUCCGUUUGCUUUUGGAAUUUCAUUUUGUCAUCAUAAACUGUAUCUGCUUAAUUAUCCCAUUAAAACUUCAUUCGAAAACAAGUCGAAAUAGAAAUGAAGUGUAUCUUUUUCUCGGCAUUUUUCCUGCCGCUGACCCUUGUACGGACACUCCCCCUCUCAAUUCAGGAGGACCCCCAUGCUGAUCUGUUUGUGGCAUGGAAAGAACAACACCAGAAGGAAUACUUGUCUGGAGUUGAAGAAGUGUCCAGGUUCAAUAUCUGGAAAGACAACAUGCGAAAGGUGAUGUUGCAAAACAUGCAGCAUGAUCUGGGACUGUCUACUUUCACGAUGGAGAUGAACGAGUUCGCAGACAUGACUGCGGAUGAGUUUGGGGCUCAGCGACUGGGAAUGAGGAAAAGGCUCAAGGCCACAGUUCCCGAAUACAGCUCAGAAUCCUCGCACGAGGAUGACUCAUCUGUGCCAGCCAGUGUGGACUGGAGGGACCAGGGGUGGGUGACUCCAGUGAAGAACCAGGGACAGUGUGGAUCCUGCUGGUCAUUCUCCACCACUGGAGGGUUGGAGGGACAGAACAUGAACGCCACAGGGAAGUUGAUCGGUUUGAGUGAGCAGCAGUUGGUGGAUUGUGAUCACACAGAUGGAGGCUGUAAUGGGGGAGACAUGGGAACUGCUCUGACUUGGCUGGCCAGGAAUGGGGGAUCUAUUGCAGAGGCAGACUACAGAUAUGUGUCAGGAAUCACCGAGCGCCGUGGCACUUGCAAUGAAGAAGGCAAGAAGAAAAUUGUGAAGGUCUCCCACCACGUUCAACUGCCCCGAGGAAACGAGAAUCUACUCAAGGAAACUGUGGCGACUGUUGGACCCUGCUCCAUUGCCAUCGACGCAAGUCACUCUAGCUUCCAACUGUACAAGGACGGAAUAUACGACCCCGCUGCAUGCAGUCAAUACUCACUCGAUCACGCUGUUCUAGUAGUCGGCUACGGAGGCUCCGGCAACGAAGAAUUCUGGUGGGUCAAAAACAGCUGGGGUAAAAGUUGGGGGCUGAAGGGCUACAUCAAGAUGGCGAGAAACAAGAACAACAAAUGUGGGGUGGCCAGUGAAGCUAUUUACCCCGUUGUUGCCUAAACAGGGACCGAUUCAAACAGUAUUGGAAUUCAGAGAGUUAAGAAGCAGUGAUGAUAAACACUUUACUGAUUGAUUAAAAUCGAAAUAUGACUGAAAAUUUCAGUGUGACUUGAUGAUCAUUUAAAGAUAAUAAAGGUUUCAUAAUAAAUUUUAUAUCUUCGAAGCAACGAAAGUUAUUUGAAUUUAAA